UGAAGAAUACAAACGUCUAGUUAACAUUGACAUCUGUUGCAAACGCCAUCUAGUGAGUUGGGGAGAAAAAACAAAAUAAACGCGGUACACACCACAAGUAUAGUUUUAUGACAGAAAAUGGAGGCUGUAGAAAAGAUUGACAUGUCGUUAGAUGACAUAAUUAAACUUAACAAGAAGAAAAAUGCAAGGCCACCUGGAAAUAGGGGAGGUAGAGGGCAAGGCAGAAGGGGGCAGGGAAACAGAGGUGGAUCAGCUAACAGAGGAGGCUUUAGGGGAAACACCAACAGAGGAGGCAUGAAAAGGGGAAAUUCAAACAGGGGAGGCUCACAGAGGGGAAAAACAGGCAGAGGAGGGGCAAUGUGGGGUGCAGGUCAGAGUUCAGGAGUCAGAGGAUCAAAGGGCGGUAAUCGGGGGAAGAGACAGGGAAGGACAAAUACUGCUGUGGACAAUGUCAAGGGAAGAGGUCCUAACAAAUACAAACAGCUGAGGACCAAUCUGAUGAGGAGAGGAAAGGCCAGAGGAGCUAAGGGUGUGAGUCCACUAAACAGAGGGAAUGCUAGUCAGAAUCAGGAUCAAAGGAGGCCAAAUCAGCAAAACAGGGCAUCAAAUCUAGGUCAGAUCAAGUCCCAAGCACUCAGUGCUCUUAGACAAGCUAGGCUUACAUUAGCUAAGAUUUCAGCCCGUGAAAAGAGGGAAAAUAUCGUCAACCAGCGUAGGGGAAUUCAGACCAAUAAUAACCAGAACCCAAGAAGACAACAGUCAUUGAACAGAGGGGGUCGAGGAGGAGGGGGCAGGGGUCGGGGAGGUGGGAGGGGCGGAUUCCGACGUGGAUGGAGGCAGCCAAACCAGCAGUCCACAGUAGAUGACAGUGGUAUCAUUACAGUCAGUGUGGCAAACUCCCCACAAAGUCAAAGGCAGCAAAACAGACCCAGAAUCAAUAGAAACAACUUAAGCACCUCAAAUAUUCGACAAGAAAUACUUAACCUGAAACCAUCAGCAAGUCAAAGAUAUAGAAUGAAUAAAGAAAUAUUUGCCAGAAAUAACACUGGUGUGAGUCUCAGUGAUCGUUUUGCCUCAGAAUCAGAUGGAGACAGACGCGUUUAUCUGUAGAAAAAUUUAUCCAGUCUCUAAGUCGGGAAAUUACAUGACAAAACAUGGAGGAAGUGGACUUCCUAUUUUAAACUUGGUGAAGCCGGAAGGAAUGAGACAGUAGUGAUAUUGACUUGGUGCUCUGCAACGCAUGCACACUGUGAGGUUGUUUGAUUAAAAUUCUUUGGCCAUUGUUCAUUUCAAGAUUUUUCUUUCAGGCAUAUCAAACUUAAUGUCAUUUAUUCAUGUUCAUUCGAAAAUCAGUUUUCUACUGUAUUAAUUUUAAGUCUGAUAUAUGAUUAAUGAAUUUCACAAUCAUAUUUUUUUUUUAUUUUUAAAGACAAAAUUGGAAGGACAAACAGAUGACUGUGUCAUAUUUUAUAUGUGUUAAUGUUAUGAUAUUCUGAUACAGUGAUAUACAUGUAUCUUGAUAUGUUUAUGAGACAACAUAUAGAGUACCAUUUUAAACACAAUGCUUCAGAUCUUUUUAAGUUUUACAACCAAUAUUAAACUGGAUUUUUUUUAGAUAUGGUGCUUUUAUGGACACUGAUGGAUUUUGAAACAUGAAAGUGGUCAAUUUUUUUUACAAGUUUUCAAUAAUGGCUUACUAUUUUUUGGAGGAAACAAUAUGCCUCCUUCAGGAUAGCAUAGGUGUGGUGUAAUUUUGUCGAGGAAAGGUUAUUUUAUAUGAUACAAUUUGUUUGAAAGAAACAAAUUCAAACUUUUUAUAUGUCUUAUUUAACAAAAAGCAAUAAUUUAGUUUAAACUAAAAUUGACUUGAAGAUUGACUAGACUGAAAUGACUGUUAAUUAUUAUUCUAUUUACUGUUAGUCUUCAAGAAUCAUAUUUUUUUUUAUCAAGAUGUAUCAUAAGCAAUGUUUGCUAAGCAUCUAAGUAUCUUAUAAAGAAAGUAUGUGAUUAACAAAAAUACAAAGGUCUGAUUCAGUCACUUAAACAUUUAUCAAAUGACAGAAUUCUUUUUAUUAUUAAAAAAAAUUUUGACUUUAGAAAGUAGCUAAUAUUAUCUUACUUCAUUACUUCAAAAACAUUUUACAUUUCAGCAGCUAAAAGUAUUUUACUUAAUUACUUCAUUAAAUAUUUUACAUUUUCAUGAAAACCAUUUAUUUUUUAUGUUUUAUGUCAUAACAAUUCUUUAGUACAAGAAAAAUGGUGUUUCUGUAUGAAUGUAGUUUGUAGACCACCAUUAGCAAACAGUGUUAGUUUAGUGAGGGAAAUAUGCAAGGUUGUAAAAGCUUACAAAACAAUUAUGAUGUAAUGUGUGUAGAAAAGGGUUUCAUAGAUAUAUUGGUCUAGGUUUUAUCUAAAGAACAUCAAAUACCAGAGAUAUGUCAAAGGGAAUCUCCAGUCUUGAUUUUAGCUUCCAUAUUAUAUACUGAAGGAUUUCAUGUAAAAAAAAAAUUGGUUAGGUACAUACUGCUAUUGGUUGAAGUUGACAAUCUUUUGAAGUGAAUUGAUUUCCACUAUUUACAUAUUCUGUUAGAUGUUCUUUUCUUUUUGAUGUUCUUUUGUUGAGAUAAUAGAUGUCAUGGGACAAGGAUGAAGUCAGUGGAUAGCAGAGUUGUGUGCCUUUUAUAUACAUUUCAAUGCAUACAUGUAAUUAACUAUUUUAGACUAAGUUGUAUAUAUCAAAAAGUAUGUAGUACAUGUACCUGUAGUUGAAAAUGGGGAAAUCAUUACCAUUCAUUAAAUCUUUAAAAGCUUUGUAUGUAUGAUGAAGACAUUUGCCUUUCCAUCAGUUGAAUGAGUGAGAUGACUAACUGCAUCUGGCAUUGAAAUAGUAUGCAUGUAAAAAGUUUUAUAGUUCAUAAGUUGUUUUACUAAAAAGGGAAUUAAAUUUAGAAUUUUA